AUGGAAGGUACUCCGGGCGGUGGAAAAAUAUUACACUUUUGGAUGCCGGCCUGGGAUUGGAAUGAACUUGAAGAGGUGAUGGAUUCCCUGUACAUUGAAGCCAUGAGUGCGGUCCCACGUCAAAGAGAAAAAGAAGAGUUUCGGAGUUUCAUCAGACGCUUAUUUCAACUUUGGGGUGGAAGUCCUCGCAGGUUCAAAAAGUAUUGCGACAAAUUCCGAGAGCAAGGCGAAGAUGCCGCUGUGGAGGCUUCUGAAACUGAAUUUAGGAAUGAAUUGGGCAACCUUUCAAAUGAGAUCAUUACCCAAGGCCCCUAUGUGGUUCAUGAAAUGUUGGAGAGAGUGUGCCCAGGCGCAGAGACUGAAAAAUCCCUGGCACCCCCUAGCUGGCUUGUGUUCCCUUCCCCCCUGGCGAUUGAGAAAGAUCCCUUCCAGCACCGGUGUUACAAAUUUUGUAGCAGGCGAGCUGAGAUGGACUUUUUCAAACAUCUUGGAAACAAGAAAGCAGAGGAUAUUCUUCAAUUCUGCAAAGGAGUUUUCACUCUUCCUGGAGCAAAUGGACUAGCAUUUGAGCGAUUUGCUCACUUUGUGCUCACGAGGACAGAGAACAACGAGUUUCGCUGUUCUUCCAAAAUGCGAGAAUAG